CACACUUCCCAACCUCAUGCGCCCUUCUCACCGCGUACUUGAGGAGGGGGCGAAUCCUAUGAGCAUCCCUUAUCCUGCGUACGACAUGGAGUGGGGGAAUUCAAUGGCUGAGCGAAUUCGAAUAUUACAAGCAAUUUUAAAGAUAUGCCCCAUUCCUGGUACUUAUGAUGAAGCUUCUACGUAUUGACCACGAGUGAACUUAUUAGGCGGCUCUCUUCUGGCUAGAGCUCACGAAAUGGUAGCCCAGAUGCUCGUCUGACCUUCGUACUAACAAUGUGUAACAUCUUCCACAAAACCCCAUCCCGAUGCUACAACUCACCAGCUUUUCGCCACUCCUAGUAGGCGAAGUAAUGGCCGUUUCCAACCUCUCCGCCUCUUAUAGCUCUCUUCCAAGAUGUAAAUCAACGCCUUUCGACCCCUCUUGGCCUUCGGAAGCGCAAUGGUUCAGUUUGAACGCAUCUAUUGGAGACACAUUGAUUGCGACCAAGCCAGUGGCGUCUUUGUGCUACACCAGCAACCCAUUCAACUCCACUCUAUCCUGCUCUGAAGUAGCCGAGAAUUGGGGGUUUUCUACAUUCCACGCAGAACUACCAGAAUCUGUAGAUUAUCCCGUUUGGGCGAACAAUUCUUGCCUCCCACCAAAUGCGACCGGUUAUGAUGAGUCAUUGGGUUGCCAUAUAGGAGGAUACCCUCAGUACAUCGCAAAUGUGACAUCCGCCGAGCAGAUUGCUACUGCUUUAAAAUGGGCUUCUGAGCAGAAUAUCCGUGUUGUGGUUAAGGGUACCGGACAUGACCUUGAUGGAGGAUCAACUGGCGCUUAUUCAUUAUCUAUUUGGACGCACAAUUUGAAACAGCUUCGAAUAAACGAUUCUUGGAAAAUCCCUGGUCAGAACGAAAGAGUCCCUGUUCUUAUUGCUGGGAGCGGAAACAAUUGGGGCGAAGCCUUGGACUUUGCUCUAAAGAAUGGCUGGGCUGUUGUCAGUGGUACAGACAAAACCGUCGGCCUUGGGGGCCAUGACGCAUUGUCGAGUACAUACGGCUUGGCAGCAGAUCAAAUCUUACAAGCAACCGUUGUUACGACAACGGGAGAAGUUUUAAUGGCUAAUAGCCAGAGUAACGAAGAUCUAUUCUGGGCUAUUCGCGGUGGAGGGGCUGGGCAAUACGGCGUAGUGACCGAGUAUGUGAUGUUAACGUAUCCUCAACCCGUGGAUAUCGUCUCGACAAAUAUUUACCUCGCGGCUGCCAAUCUAUCGGAUUAUCACGAUUCGACGAUUAACACAACUUGGGAUGCUUUUGCCUGCUUGUUGUCUAGCUUUCCUGAUCUUCUGGACCGAGGAAUAGCUGGCAAUGGUACGACAGAUUGGUCCAAAUCAAGAGGAAGUAUGAUCCGACUUAUACGCUUUAUGUCCUCAAUGGUGUCGAUAGAGAGCUUUGGACGUAUGAUAUGGAUGCCGGAUAUUUGUGUAAAACCGAGAGUUGAUAUUUCAAAAUAAACGUGUUUACGGUAUAUCGAGAGAAAACAGGAACCUAUGUUGGUUGAGUUGGGUC